AUGACAGACGUCCAAGAAGAUGCCGCCUCCCAUGACAAUAGUGCAGCCACUCUUCUGCCCGAAGUGCAGCAAUCUCUGCAAAAAGCAGCAGCGUACUCCCGCCAUAUGGUGCGCGAGGAUGGCCAUUGGUGUGCAGAAGUGGAAUCCAAUCCCAGCUGCACAGCGGAAUAUGUCUUGUUUCUUCAUACUUUGGGCUUGCAAGAACGAUUGGAUCGCGAAGCCUUGAUCUCAUGGCUCCUGUCCCAGCAGCAGGAAGACGGGUCCUGGAGUCUGGUAAACGACUAUGAUGGGGAUAUUUCCAUGACCACCGAGGCAUAUCUGGCGUUGAAGCUACUCGGCCUUUCUCCCGACCAUCCCGCCAUGCGCAAUGCACGAAGCUUUGCUCUCUCUGUUGGGGGCGUGGCCCGUGUGCGCAUGUUAACCCGGAUCUACUUGGCCAUGUUCGGUCUGUUUCCUUGGACGGCCGUGCCUGAAUUGCCUCCAGAGUUCAUUCUUGCUCCAGCCAGUGCACCGAUCAACAUCUAUCGGAUGUCAUCGUGGGCUCGGGGGAUGAUUGUCCCUUUGUUGAUCGUUCGCCAUCAUCAACCGAUCUACGCGCUUCCAAACGGAGCCUCCGCGUCCAAUGACUACCUGGAUGAACUGUGGUGCGAUCCUACUGACAAAGCCGCGUCACGAAAGUGCGUUCGCUGGCUUCUGGAGCAUCAGGAUGAAGAGGGAGACUGGGCGGGGAUUUAUCCGUCCAUGGCCCAGAGCGUCAUGGCUCUCCGACUGGAAGGAUUCGACGUGUCGUCUUCCCCUGUCCAGCGAGGGAUCGCAGCAGUUGAGCGGCUCUCUUGGCGGGACAAACGGGGCCAGCGCAUCCAGGCUAGUGUCUCCCCGAUAUGGGAUACGGCGUUGAUGACCGUCGGCCUGUGUGAUGCCGGCGUGCAGGCUGACAGCGACCUUCUCACAAACGCCAUGAACUGGGUCAAGCCCCGCCAGAUUCUCAAGACCUAUGGUAACUGGAACGUGUACCGGCCUCGGCUCGCUCCAGGAGGCUUUUGUUUCCAGUACAUCAACCGAUACUGCCCCGACCUGGACGACACGGCGGCUGUCAUUCUGUCAAUCCUGAAGCAGGACCGCCUUUCUGUGACUUCGAUGUCAGUCAUCCGAGCCGCCGAGUUUCUGCUAGGGCUACAAAACAGCGAUGGGGGCUGGGGCGCUUACGAGGUUGAUAACAACAGCUUGUUCAUGAACAAAGUUCUCUUUAGCGAUAUGGAUUGCCUGUCGAAUCCCACCACCGCCGACCUCACCGGUAGAGUCCUGGAGGCAUUUGGUCUCAUCCUGGAAUGCUCCCGGUCUGGAGACAAGGUGUCUGAUCCUCUCCUGGACCAGAUCCGUCGUUCAUCGGAGCGAGCGAUUACUUGUCUGGCCCAUGAGCAGGAACUCACUGGGGCGUGGUUUGGCCGCUGGGGAGUCAACUACGUCUACGGCACGAGCAAUGUGCUGUGCGGCCUCAUGAGGUUCGCAGCAGAUGAUCGACGCAUUCAGAGAAUGGUUUCCCGAGCUCUCUCCUGGUUGAAAUCCGUCCAGAAUUCGGAUGGGGGCUGGGGAGAGUCGCUCCGUACCUAUCGCGACAGCACCUACGCAGGUAUUGGUCCGUCGACCGCAUCACAAACCGCUUGGGCUUUGAUGGGACUGCUUGCCUUUCUGCCUCCAUCCGAUCCUGCAAUCAUCCGUGGUGUUCGGUACUUGUUAGACACGCAGACCAAGGCCAAGGGACCUGGAUUGUCCUGGAUGGAACGUCCGUUCACAGGUGUCGGAUUUCCCAACUGGUUCUACAUGAAAUAUAACUUCUAUCCGCAUUACUUUCCUUUGAUGGCGCUUGGCCGUUGGGCUCGGGCCAUGGGCUGCUACAAGCUGGGGGGAUUUUGA